AUGAGCUUUUAUGGAGUUCACGAACAUCCACAAGAACCAUUGGCUUUCGACCACGAUAGUGCAGCCAAGCAGCACUGGGAGCCUCUUCCGAUGCACGGUCCGUUUCAAAAUUUUCUUAGAUCAGAUAUAUCUAGGAAAUAUUUCUUGAGAGUCCUUACAUGAUGUGUAGAGCUUGUAGUACUUUUUUGAGAAAGCGAAAAAUGAAAUUUUUUGAGAACCAGUUUUGUUGUAGCUGACAGUCUAGAUUUAAUAACUUUUACUGUUUUUUGCAGAAAUGACGCCGAGCCCUUCAGCUUAUUCGUACUAUAAUCAAGGUUUGUCUACUGUAAUUUUGGACCUUUAUUGAUAUACUGUUUCUCUCGAAUGUGUCUAGUAUUCGAAAAAGGAAUUUCCUAGCGUCGAAAGUUAAACCUUUAAAAAAAAAACACGAUAUUUUUACAGUUCACGGAAGUUUUACUCAUCUCCUGAUUUAAGAAAAUUUGACAAUUUUCAAGUUUCUAGGUUUCCGCGAUAUUUUUUAUCUAAAAUCGACCAGAGUUUUUUCAGCCCUAUAUCUUUUGAGUGCAGAUUGCUUUUAUCAAUCCAUUUUUUUCCAGGAAUGACGCCGAGCCCUCCGACCUACGCCUACCAAAAUCAAGGUAUGGCUAUCUCUAUUUCCAGAAAUGAAAAAAUUUAUUUUUCAUUUGACUUCAAUUUGAUAAGAUGAUUAUUUUUAUAAUAAUUAUGAGCUUAGCGCUGUUUUUCAAUCAAUUUUUUAUUGAUUGAAGCUAUUUCUCAUUAUUUGUUUUCCAGAAGCUCUCGAGGCCGGAAGUCCCACAGAUACCAUGAUGCAGGGGAAUCCUCCGAGUAAUCAGUGGAACUACGGUAAAUUAUAGAUUUUCUCUUCACUUUAUAACUUUUCUUAAUGGAGAGGAGAAAGUGCUUCAAAAAAUUGAUCUAGAUGUAUUUGAGCGAUUUUUUGAAUUAUCAUUCGUUCAAAAAUGCUGACAGAAGCAUUUUUCUGCUCGAGAUCUUAUUUUGGUGUUUUUUGCCACUGAUCAAUUUUGCGUAUUAAAUUAAAACUUUGCUCAAAAUUUAAUGAGAGACGAAUAAGAGCAUUGAAACAUGUCUAAGCUUCUUUCUUCUUCUUAAGAGAAGGUUGGAACAAUUUUUUAAAUCUCCGCUGCAGUCUCAGCUCUUUCGGCCAAAAGGUCUAACCAUAGAAAGUUUUGAAAAGUAUCCCACGCUAAAAGGUUGCGAGGGUUGAAAUCUUCAAAACAUCUUUUCGAGAUUGAGCUUGUAGUCGUUUUGAUGGUUUCGCUUUCCUUGAAUCUCAGAAUUUUUGAGCAGAAAUUUGAAAACCGUCUUCUGAGACUAUAAUAUAUUUAAAAUUAUCUCAGUGGUGGGAUCGAAAACGUUUUCGGAUCUUAACUGAACAAAAUUUAAAAUGCCCAGAAUGGUCUAGGAGUUCUGGAGCCUCUCUCACUUAUUUAUAAACUAGAUUAAUUAAUAGGUGCAGUUUCAUAACAUCAAGAAGUGUCUUCUCAACUUUUCUCAAUGAAAUAAUAGAUAUUACAACUCCUUGUAAAGAUAGCUUGAUUUUUUUUUCCUUUUAAGGACAGUCUAACGGAUGUUUUUCCUUGUAAGGAUAGUCUACCUGAUUUUUUUCACCUUUUGAGAACAGUAAAACUAAUUUUUUUUUCUUGCAAGUUAAUUCGAACUGAUUUUGUCUCCUUGCAAGGACAGCCCAACUGAUUUUUUUUUCAUCUUCUAGAGAGAACUAACUUUUUUUUUGACCUACUACCGUAAUCGCUAAGGGUAACGUUCGCGGACCCGGUUAACAAGCCGUCUUUGCAACAAAUUGACACCGGCGGCCGGACAAUGCGAGCUGGAGAGGCAUUACAACGCGACGACGACUGUCCAUGCAUCAUUGUUUCACGGUCAUUCUCGAGACCACGUCUUCUGAAUUCCUCCCCCCUUCGCGCUCUCUCGACGCCUCUAAUCAUCUAUCUAUCUAUCUAUACUGACUUCUGCGGACGGCGACGGACGGCGGGGGCGAAGAAGACGGAACAACGUCUCCACAAUUUGUAACCUCCAUAUAUUUCGUGGUGCCCCGCACUCCAUCCGGCGACUCUCUAUCAGCGUUAUCUUUCGCGCGGCCGAUGCGCGCUCUCUGUACGUCCGGAGCGAUUCUCGCCAACGCCGUCCCACAAUUCCUUCGUUUUGCGUUCAUCACUUUCUCCAGCCGGGGUUACCUAAUAUCGUCACAACCCAUUCCGCAAUCUUAUCUCUUCUUCGCAUGCGAUAUAACGUUUUGUUUUGCGUUUCUUCCUUUUGACCAUUGCUCUUUUUUGGAAAGAUCUUUAAAAUUUCUCUCUUUUUCUUGCGACAGUUCUACAGUAUACUUGAACGUUUAUACCUGGAUGAUUUGUGAGAAUUGGGCUACGCUACAUCUAGAAGCUAGUUGAGAGCUAAGAAAUGAGGAAAAUUCAAGGUGAUCAUCUGCUGAGCCCAUUUUUCGUCUCAAGAUGAAGAUCUCAUUACAAAACUUCUUCCUUAAUCUUUUUCAACAAAAGCCUUUGAAACCCUUAAUGAACUAUCUCAUCGUAACCUUAAGUUUUAAUGUUUUCAAAAAGCCACUGUAAAGUUGUUACAUCUCCUCUUGCCAACUCACUAAGAGCACAAAAGCUUCGUUCCCCGGUCUGCUAUCCCUCGCCGCAAAAUGUUCCUAUACUGUACGAUUUCUUAAGUCUUCAAAGCAAAACUCUCUCUCCUUUUUUUCUUGUAGAUUUUUUUAAAUCAUAAAAAAACGAGGAUAUUUUUUUCAAAAAUUCAACUGGCAAAUUUAAAAAAAGUUAAAGUUAGAGAUUAAAAAAACUUGAAGAGUUCUGUUUAUGAUAAGACUUCUAAAGUUUCAUGUCGUUAUUUCAAAUCUUCUGAAAUUUUUGCAUUUUUUGAAAAAAAACGUCUCUCUGACCUGCGCUGUUUCCUUUUUUAGAUGGUUCGUGAGAAAAAGGUCCUUAUCAAAGAUCGUAUUAUCUUAUCAGGCUAGUUGCGAUAGCAAAUUUUCAAUGGUCAUUUCAUGACGUGCUUUGAUCUUUCCAUCUGUCGCCUUCCUUUUGUUUAUUGCAAGAAAAAUGCGAAAAAUCCAAUCGAUGCCGAAAUUAAACACAGCCAUCUGAAAAAUAGUUCUCCUUCUUACUCUGUCCUUCUUCUUUUAAUUUUGUUGGUCUUUACUGCAAAUUUUUAUUUGACUUGACAAUAACCAAGACGCUUCACUACAGAGUGUCUGGUUCCACGCGUAUUACUACCAGCCGCAUUGUCUCAUUGUGAAAUGGCGCAAAAAAUUGCGUCCAUUCGACCAAUCAACCGAAUUUUCAUGAGAAAAAGUAAAUGGUCUUCCGGUGGUAAAGUAGGACAAAAUUUUUCUCGGUUCCUUUAUGAUUUUCCAAUAAAGGAUUAGUCAAAAUUCAUCUGAUAGAUUCUUCAAAAACGCUUUCCAAGCAUUUAAACUCGCAGAAUUUUGACGUCAACCCCCCGGUUGAACUUUUGAUGAAACUUUGCCGAAGUGAACUUUAAACCCCUCAAAUUGCAGAAAAAAUGAAAAUGUGUCGCAAUAGAUCUCAUUUUCGAGUUAUGAACGCAAAUUAGGCCGAAAUGCGCUAUUUUAAGCUUUUGAACCGUCCUAACUCGAAAAGCAGAUCUACUGCGAGAAAUUUAUUUCUUGUUCUGGAAUCAGAAGAUCUUAAAAUACAUUUGAGCAAAGUUUCAUCAAAAAUCCAGUUGGGUGUAGAAAAACGCUCCCUAGUAAAAAUUUUUUUCAUCCAAAAAUUUUCAUAAAUAAUACUUUAAAUUUUUGUGAUUUUUUUGUAUCAGUCUCCUACAAUUUUUUUUUUCAAAAAAUGAACAAGUCUUUUAGAAGUUUCCAUGAGAAAAAACAAAACGAAAUUUCAUGUCUAUUUUCAUUAAUUUUUUGAAUUUUUUUGGCAGUUUACAAAAAAAGACUCUUGGCAAUAUUCAAAACCAACAUUUUUCCUGUUAUUUUCUAUUCUAUUCCUAGUCGUGUAGGGCUUGGCAAAAAGGGUUUGUGUCAUUGUGCACACAAGCCAUUACACAAAUGCAUACAGUAUUCGACCCGAAAAUACCAAAAACUGAAUAGAAAGAUGAGAUGGUGGCUCAUGCUAGAGCCCGUUUUACGAGCAUCGCUUCACGCCGUUCUCGUGUUUGCACUGUUGCCGAUUUUGGCCGGCUUGCCACAUUUUGCCUCUUCAACUCCAACUCUGCCUUUUUUUUCAUCUUUUUCCUUGACAUGGUCUUAAUUCAAUUCUGAGAUUUCGCCCGUCGGAAAAAAACAUUUGGAAAGUUCCCACCGGAAUCGAUGGAAAUAGGCGUUUGGUUGGACGUUAUGCAACAGGAAUGUGAAACAACUUGCAUUUCUUCAAUUUUUUUCAUAUAUAUAUCGCUUGUUUUUUUGAGAGAAACUGUGAAACCUUUUUAUAUUUUGUAAAAAUCUUAUUGAUUCCGCUUCUUUUUGAAAACUCCAAUUUUUCCUGUUGAAUAUGAAAUACCGUGGCUAACAGUUGAAAUAACUUUUUUUUUUGAACUUAACUUUUGUCAGAACUAAACUGCGGUGAUUUUUUGAAAUCUUUUUCUGACGAAAUCGCAUUUUUACAGGAUUUUGGCUUCAAACUUAUGUAGCAAUGCUUUAUAUAUGUAUAACAAGUCAAUUUUCCAAAUCCAUCAGGAAUUCCAAGUGUUUUUAUGGUCCUAAUGGCUUUCCUGUUUCAGUGAACCAUUCGCCAGCAAACGCGUAUUACGAAGAGCCUCGUGCAGCUCCUCUGCCACACAUCAACUCGUUGAUGAAGGAAACCAAAGACGAAUACGAGUUUUUCGGUUAGUUUUUUUUUUGUGUUUAAUAAAUAGUAAGUUCAUGAUUUUCAGCACAACACUCCGGAAUGGCCAGCGACUACUCAGUGGAAAAAUUGACUUCGAUGCCCCUCACAGACUAUUCGUUGCAUAUUCCUACUGAGAAUCCCCAGUCAUAUGCAGACUUCGCCAACGCGUGAGUUUUUUUCUUGCUGCGACCGUAGAAAUAUUUACUUUUUUUGAACUUUUUUUUCGUAGACAGCAGUUCUGAAAAAUCAUGAUUUUCAUGUUUAAGAUGUAUUCAGAACCACUUUUGAAGAUAUUUUCCGAAUUCGAUUCAAGUUUCCCUUUUUUAAGCUAAUUACUAGGUUUCAAAAAACGGAAUAAAAUAUAUUCCACAAAUUAAAAUCAUGAAAAGAUACCGUAUUUUCCUUUCAUCCUAAGAUUGCUUUUAUCUGUACCAUUUUCAAAAAGAAAUUUUGAAAUAAACAAAGGUUUCACAACAUUAAAACUAUCAGAAACCACUUUCCUGCAUUAACGCCUGCUCUCAGCCUAAAAGCAUUACAGUUCGCUUUUGAAACUUUGAAACUUUCAAAACCAUUAUUCUCGCUCAAAAACAUUUGCAUCACCAAAACUUUCAUUUUAGCUCGAUGUUGGGCCAUCCGACGGACGUCCUGCCGACGGUCACGUUUGCCCCGAAUCCACUGCACGCCUCCUAUGCAAUGGCUGUAAAUCAUGUACACCCGGCGUCUGCCCAUUUCCCGCUGUUCGAUUUUGUGAGUUCGAAUUUGAUCAACUCAUUGGGAAUUUCAGCUUACAGAAGGGCUUGAAAAUUGCAAAAGGGAGAAAAUUUUGGAAGUUGAUUUAUAUAAAAACCUUUAGGGUUUGCUGAGGAUUGACAGUUCUGGACAUUUAAAGCAAGAAUUUCGUGACGACAAAAAUGAAUAUAUGAACAAAAACUUACUGCAAUCCAGUGUUUGAGGGUUAUAUGAAACUGAAAGAAAAGAAUGGAAAAUAAUUCUUUUAUAAUAUGUUUUCAAAAAAAAAAAAAUGCACUUACCUUCCUUGAAACAUAACUGAACUACCCCAAAACUGUCCAAAAAGUACAUUUCAUAAAAAUUAUCAAAAUUCAAAAAUAAGAAGAAAUCUCUGCUUCAGACGCUGCAAACGCUCCACCCGAUCUACGAACCUCCGGUGAUGCAGCCAAGUCCCCAGCCCGUUCAGGCGCAACUGGCGCAGAUCCCGCAGCCGACCUACGCCGCCUCGACCCACAACAACUACACUCCGCCACCUCAGGAUCCUCUGGUCCAGCGUCCCAUGAUCAAAAAACGCCUGCCGGUACAAAUUUCUAUCCUCUGAUGGCUCUAAAAACUGAAACUUCUUUUUUGAAACUUCGUCAGAGGCAUUUUUGAUGAGUAGAGCUUUGAUAGAUAAAUUUAAUUAAGAAAUCAUAACUGAAAAAUCAUGUUAUUUUGAAGUUUUUUUGACUUGUUUAGGGAUACCUCCACCUGUCGGAACCACAGCCGAAGCUGAAACAUGAAGUUGUACUUUCUUUAAGUUUUCAGAAGUUGAGGGUGUCAGAGAGUUUUAGUUUGACUUGAGAAUAGACCCAGCUUUAAAAAAAUCUCGCCCUUCCGCAUUCUUACCAUUAGAAAAAAACAAAAAAUUUUUUUUUCCCUUUUUCGCAAUAAUAAUUUCAACAUAUUUUCCACUGACAAAAUUAAUUUUCAGGCCGUGCAGUGCCACGUCAACUCGGUCUGCGCCAACUGCAAAACUCGCGAAACGACUCUUUGGCGACGUAACCAAGAUGGUGAUAUAGAGUGCAAGUGAGUUUUUCACUUCUUCCAUCGGAAAAAAAAUUGAAUAUAUAAAUUAUUGAUUAAUUGCAAUUUUAUGAUCAUGAAAGUUCCUGAAAAAGGCUUCCGUACUUACGAAAAAACUCAAAAAUAAGGUACAUCCAGGAAUUGCGUUUUGCAACAGGAUUUACAGAACCUGUUCUUUAUGUCUUUUUAAAAUUGAUAGAAACUGUAAAGAAGAUUAAAACUCAAAAAAAGUGAAACUUUAAGUUUGAUAAAUUCUUGCUGUGCUGUCAUAUGACAAAAAGGAUGAUUCGAAAAAUGAGAACCGGUUUUUCUCACUAUUUCUAACUCCUCCCGGCUUCUUGACCGCUAUUAAGCUUCUACCGGAGUUUAAUAUCAAAACUUUGAAGUUAUCUUCUUGAAGUCAUAGUAACCGGACAAACUCUAAAAAUGAAAACUGUAAGUUCAAAAAAAUGACGUAAUAUUUCAGCGCCUGUAACCUGUACUUUCGGAAGAAUAACCGAAAACGCCCGCUGGCCCUUCGGAAAGAAGGAAUUAUGAAGAGGAAUAGAAAGCCCCGCAACGAGUCGCCGCCCGAGCAGCCUCUCGGACGCUAA